GAGGAGCUCUCGGCCACUGUCCCCAACAGAAAGGCACUUAAACCUGAUGACAGCCACUUGCCAAAGGACCGAGGGCAAAUAAAAAACGCGUUGGACCGAGGGACUGAGGAAGCACAGAAAACGUUGGCCUCCAGGCUGGGAGAAUCUGAAGAGAAAAUCAAAGUCCUUCACACAGCUUUGGUGACCACCCAGAGGGAGCUUCUGGAUCUCAGAUGCAAGUCUGAUGAAGAGGCAGCCUCCAAGGCAGAGGAAGUCGGGCUGAUCAUGACAAAUCUGGAGAAAGCAAAUCAGAGAGCUGAAGCUGCCCAGAGAGAAGUCGACAGCCUGAGAGAGCAGCUGGCAACGGUCAACAGCACUGUGCACCUUGGAUGUCACGCCAUUAAAAGUCCAAGUGGGGAGAAGGACGAGUCUUUGAGCUCAGAGUCGAAGAUUGAGUCGGCUCUCGCAGCUAAGGACCGGGAGAUCAUUCAGUUACUGAAGGAUGUCCAGCGACUGCAGAUCACUCUGCAAGAACUCCAGGAAAGUUCGACGCAUCGCAUUGCUGAGAUCGAGCAGCAGCUCACCUUCAAGACGGAAGCCAUCGAGCGUCUCGAAGCCAAGUUACGAAUGCAAACAGACUACGAAGAAAUUAAAACUGAGCUCAGCAUCCUCAAAGCAAUGAAACAGGCGUCCGCAAACACCUGCUCUUCCCAGGACCCAUCAAAGGCCGCUGAAGCUCUUCUCCUGGAUAAAGAAGACUUCCUUCCAUCCCAGAAGUUCCUGCUCGAGAAACCCCAUCUCCUUACAAACAGCGAAGAGGACCAGUCAGAAGAGGAGCCGCUGAGGAGCUCCCUGUCCUACGCAUCCCCCCAGAGUCACUCGCAGCCUCUCCUGGAAGGACCCUCUUCCCCUGAUGCCACUCAGCCCCUCCUGGGUGCCAUGUCGGUGCACGAACUCCCGCGACCCUUCUCUUGCUCUCCAUACCCUCCCGAUAAGCUCUCGGUGGAUCCUCUGCUACAGAAGCAGAUGCUCUCCCCGCUCUACAAAAAAGAUAAUGGCAACCUAAUGCCUUUCCCCACCGCCCUCUACGCCGCCAAGGCUGCCCUCAUAUCGGCCAGUAAGAGCCAAGCCACAGCCUGCAGCAAUGAAGGUGGCCACCCGAGUGACCAGUCUGAAAGCGGCAGCUCCAGCACCGGUGAGGAUGAGCAGCUGGACACGGCCGAGAUCGCAUACCAAGUGAAGGAGCAGCUUUUGAAACACAACAUCGGCCAGCGCGUCUUUGGACAUUAUGUGCUGGGGCUGUCACAGGGCUCUGUCAGCGAGAUCCUCGCCCGGCCAAAGCCCUGGAGGAAGCUCACCGUGAAGGGCAAGGAGCCGUUUAUCAAGAUGAAGCAGUUCCUGUCGGACGAGCAGAACAUCUUGGCCCUCAGGACCAUCCAGGUCCGGCAGAGAGGGAGCAUAACUCCAAGGAUCAGAACUCCAGAAACAGGAUCCGAUGAUGCCAUCAAAAACAUCCUGGAGCAGGCGAAGAAGGAAAUUCAGUCACAAAGAGGAAGUGACGGCAAGUCCCAAUCCACCGCCACCUCAGCCUGCAGCAGUAAUGGCAGUAGCAGCAACAGCUCCGACGACACCAUCAAGAGCAUCCUGGAGCAGGCCCGGCGGGAGAUGCAGGCCCAACAGCAGGCUCUCCUAGAGAUCGAGUCCUGCAACCGAGGGGCUGCAGCCACCCAGGCGGACAGGACUGCACCGUCAGAGCUGAGCAAGGCCUUGCAGCCGGCUGCUUACAUUAAGCAGGAAGAGGGGAGCAGUGGGGUGGUGUCCGCCUGUGGCAUUGCGGUCACCGCUUGUGGUCAGACCCCCCUCAGCGUGCUCUCACCAGCGGCCUUUGUCCAGAACAUCAUUCGAAAGGUGAAGUCGGAGAUUGGGGAUGCCGGCACUUACUUUGAUCAGCACUGGGCAGCCGAGAGAAGCGUCAUCGGCAGCAGCACCGUGGGAAUCACUUCCCGGCCUCUGACGUCGGUCUCCCCGUCCUUGUCAUCGUCUUCCUCGGCGGGGUCCGCCAUGCCACGUCCUUGGCCACUUCACACAGAGAACGGGGAAAGUAUACCGAAUAGCGAGGAGGCCUCGGCAGCAGAGGAGGAGAUGGCCAAGCUGGUGGACGUGAAAUGUGAGACGGAUGUGUCGAGUGGCUGCGAGUCUCAGGGACUGGGCCGCCUGUCCUACUACCCAGCCUACGUGCCUCGCACUCUAAAGCCAACCGUCCCCCCGCUCACACCUGAGCAGUAUGAGAUGUAUAUGUACAGAGAGGUGGACACCAUCGAGCUGACCCGCCAGGUCAAGGAGAAGCUGGCGAAGAAUGGCAUCUGCCAGAGAAUUUUUGGAGAAAAGGUGCUCGGCCUGUCACAGGGGAGUGUCAGUGACAUGCUGUCCCGACCCAAGCCAUGGAGUAAGCUGACUCAGAAAGGACGAGAGCCAUUCAUCCGCAUGCAGCUUUGGCUUUUGGAUCAGUUAGGCCAAGGCAUCAGCCAGACAGCCAGUAACAGCGGCAUGCUGGAUAAGAGUCCGAUGCAAGCCCGCUCCUCCCCAUCUCCGCCACCAAGCCCUCUGGAGGAUCAGCCGAGCCCUCAGGGAGAGUCCGUGAGUCUGGCCUUGGAGAGCAGUAAGGAGAACCAGCAUCCCGAGGUCCAGUCCGUGUCGCCAUCCUUACAUGGGGGAAAGACGGCACCUGGGCAGCUCCAUCAUCAUCACCACCACCACAACCAUCAUCAGCACACGCCGCUGGGCAUCCAGGAGCUGGUGGCCAUGUCGCCCGAGCUUGACACUUACUCGAUCACCAAAAGAGUGAAGGAGGUGCUGACCGACAACAAUUUGG